GCAAUUGAGACUGCUCUGGACUGUUUGAAGAGUGCUAACACGGAACCAUAUUAUCGGAGGCAAGCGUGGGAAGUAAUCAAGUGUUUUUUAGUAGCUAUGAUGAGCCUGGAUGAUAAUAAACACGCAUUAUACCAACUUCUUGCACAUCCCAAUUUUACUGAGAAGUCCAUACCCAGUGUGAUUAUUUCACAUCGAUACAAAGCUCAGGAUACUCCAGCUCGUAAAACAUUUGAACAGGCAUUGACAGGGGCAUUCAUGUCAGCAGUCAUCAAAGAUCUGAGGCCUAGUGCUCUGCCUUUUGUAGCCAGCUUAAUCCGCCAUUACACAAUGGUGGCAGUUGCUCAGCAAUGUGGUCCUUUUUUGCUGCAGUGCUAUCAGGUUGGAAGCCAGCCUAGCACAGCCAUGUUUCAUAGUGAAGAAAAUGGGUCAAAAGGCAUGGAUCCCUUGGUGCUUAUUGAUGCUAUCGCAAUCUGCAUGGCAUAUGAGGAGAAGGAACUCUGCAAAAUAGGAGAGGUGGCUCUAGCAGUGAUAUUUGAUGUUGCGAGCAUUAUCUUGGGUUCAAAGGAAAGGGCUUGUCAGCUUCCCUUGUUUUCAUACAUUGUGGAACGUUUAUGUGCUUGCUGUUAUGAGCAAGCAUGGUAUGCUAAACUAGGAGGUGUUGUGUCAAUUAAAUUUCUUAUGGAACGACUGCCACUAAUUUGGGUCCUCCAGAACCAGCAGACUUUCCUGAAGGCACUUCUCUUUGUUAUGAUGGAUCUAACUGGAGAGGUUUCUAAUGGAGCAGUUGCUAUGGCAAAGACCACAUUAGAACAGCUUUUGAUUAGAUGUGCAACUCCUUUAAAAGAUGAAGAAAAAACAGAAGAAAUCCUAGCAGCACAAGAAAAGUCUUUCCAUCAUGUAACACAUGACCUUGUUCGAGAAGUAACCUCUCCAAACUCUACUGUGAGAAAACAGGCCAUGCAUUCGUUGCAGGUACUUGCACAGGUCACUGGAAAAAGCGUCACAGUGAUUAUGGAGCCACAUAAAGAGGUUCUCCAAGACAUGGUUCCUCCUAAAAAGCAUUUACUUAGGCAUCAACCUGCAAAUGCCCAGAUUGGCCUGAUGGAGGGAAAUACAUUUUGUACAACCCUGCAACCCCGACUGUUUACAAUGGAUCUAAAUGUUGUGGAACACAAGGUUUUCUACACAGAGUUACUGAAUUUGUGUGAGGCUGAAGAUGCUGCCUUGAUGAAACUACCUUGUUACAAAAGUCUUCCAUCACUUGUACCUCUGCGGAUUGCAGCCUUAAAUGCUCUAGCUGCCUGCAAUUACUUGCCUCAGUCGAGAGAGAAAAUCAUUGCUGCACUUUUCAAGGCACUUAAUUCAACAAAUAAUGAACUGCAGGAGGCAGGAGAAGCAUGCAUGAGAAAGUUCUUGGAAGGAGCUACCAUAGAAGUUGAUCAAAUUCAUACACACAUGAGACCAUUGCUUAUGAUGUUGGGAGACUAUCGAAGUCUGACACUGAAUGUUGUGAAUCGUCUGACAUCUGUCACUAGACUUUUUCCAAACUCUUUUAAUGAUAAAUUCUGUGAUCAGAUGAUGCAACACCUGCGUAAAUGGAUGGAAGUGGUAGUUAUUACACACAAAGGUGGACAACGGAGUGAUGGAAAUCCUGCUGCGGAAGGGGUAGAGGAAAUGAAGAUUUGUUCAGCGAUUAUAAAUUUAUUCCACCUGAUCCCAGCUGCCCCUCAGACUUUGGUUAAACCUCUGCUGGAAGUUGUUAUGAAAACAGAACGAGCAAUGUUAAUUGAGGCUGGCAGUCCAUUCAGGGAACCACUGAUAAAAUUUUUGACACGUCAUCCAUCCCAGACUGUGGAGCUGUUCAUGAUGGAAGCCACUUUAAAUGAUCCACAGUGGAGCAGAAUGUUUAUGAGUUUCUUAAAACAUAAAGAUGCCAAACCUCUACGAGAUGUACUGGCAGCUAAUCCUAACCGAUUUAUCACUCUACUGUUACCUGUUGGUACCCAAGCAGCUGUUAGACCUGGUUCUCCAAGCACUACCACAAUGCGUCUCGAUCUUCAGUUUCAGGCUAUAAAGAUCAUCAGUAUUAUUGUUAAGAAUGAUGAAUGUUGGUUAGCAAAUCAGCAUUCCUUGGUGAAUCAGCUGAAACGUGUAUGGGUGAGUGAAGCUUUUCAGGAGAGACAUCGUAAGGAGAAUAUGGCUGCGACAAACUGGAAAGAACCGAAGCUAUUAGCAUAUUGCUUACUGAAUUACUGCAAAAGGAAUUAUGGUGAUAUCGAGUUGCUCUUCCAGUUGCUUCGGGCUUUUACGGGUCGAUUUCUCUGCAAUAUGACUUUCUUAAAGGAAUACAUGGAAGAAGAGAUCCCCAAAAACUACAGUAUUCCCCAAAAACGGGCUUUGUUCUUCCGUUUUGUGGACUUCAAUGACCCAAACUUCGGAGAUGAGCUCAAAGCCAAGGUGCUGCAACACAUCCUGAAUCCUGCUUUCUUGUACAGUUUUGAAAAGGGAGAAGGCGAACAGCUGUUGGGACCCCCAAACCCAGAAGGAGAUAAUCCAGAAAGCAUCACUAGUGUUUUUAUAACAAAGGUACUUGAUCCGGAAAAACAGGCUGAUAUGCUGGAUUCUCUCAGGAUAUAUCUCUUGCAGUUUGCCACGCUUCUGGUUGAGCAUGCUCCACAUCACAUUCAUGACAAUAACAAAAACCGGAACAGCAAACUACGACGACUAAUGACAUUUGCUUGGCCUUGCCUCUUGUCCAAGGCAUGUGUGGACCCAGCAUGCAAAUACAGUGGACAUUUGCUUUUGGCACACAUCAUCGCAAAAUUUGCCAUACAUAAGAAGAUAGUUCUCCAGGUUUUUCACAGUCUUCUAAAAGCUCAUGCGAUGGAGGCCCGAGCUAUUGUCAGGCAAGCAAUGGCUAUUCUGACUCCAGCUGUGCCUGCUCGAAUGGAGGAUGGACAUCAGAUGCUGACUCACUGGACACGAAAAAUCAUUGUGGAAGAGGGUCAUACGGUUCCUCAACUAGUACAUAUUUUGCACUUGAUAGUACAACACUUCAAGGUUUAUUAUCCGGUGAGACAUCACUUGGUUCAGCAUAUGGUUAGUGCCAUGCAGAGACUGGGCUUCACUCCCAGCGUUACAAUAGAGCAAAGAAAAUUAGCUGUGGAUCUUGCUGAAGUAGUUAUUAAAUGGGAAUUGCAAAGAAUUAAAGAUCAGCAGCCAGAUUCAGAUAUGGAUUCAAGUGCAAGUGGAGAAGGAGCAAGUUCUGCCUCAUCUGCUGUUAAAAGGGGGUUGUCUGUUGAUUCUGGCCAAGAAGUAAAACGAUUCAGGACAGCUACAGGAGCAAUAAGUGCUGUAUUUGGACGUAGCCAGUCCUUGCCAGGAGCUGAUGCGCUUCUUUCAAAGCCAAUUGACAAGCAGCAUACAGAUACAGUCGUGAAUUUCUUGAUUAGAAUUGCUUGCCAGGUAAAUGACAACUCAAACACUGCUGGAUCUCCUGGGGAGUUGCUGUCUCGCCGCUGUGUCAACCUUCUGAAAACAGCUUUACGACCAGACAUGUGGCCAAAAUCAGAACUGAAGUUGCAGUGGUUUGAUAAGCUGUUAAUGACUGUGGAACAACCCAAUCAGGCCAACUUUGCCAACAUUUGCACUGGCUUAGAGGUCUUAAGUUUCCUGCUAACUGUACUGCAGCCCCCUGCUAUUCUUAGCAGCUUCAAACCCCUGCAACGAGGUGUAGCAGCUUGUAUGACUUGUGGAAACACCAAGGUUUUGAGAGCAGUCCACAGUUUGCUUUCUCGCUUUAUGGUAAACACAACUCUAAACUCUGCAGGUACAUCAAGUGUAGCUUCAAAGUAUGAAGAGCUGGAGUGCCUUUAUGCUGCAGUUGGAAAGGUUAUUUAUGAAGGACUUACUAAUUAUGAAAAGGCCACUAAUGCUAACCCUUCUCAGCUCUUUGGUACUUUAAUGAUUCUGAAGUCUGCAUGCAGUAACAAUCCCAGCUAUAUUGACAGAUUGAUUUCAGUUUUUAUGCGAUCUCUGCAGAAGAUGGUCAGGGAACACUUAAACCCACAGGCUACAGCAGGAACAGCAGAAGCAAAUACAGCAGGUACAAGUGAACUGGUAAUGCUAAGCCUGGAUCUUGUGAAAACUCGCCUCGCUGUGAUGAGCAUGGAAAUGAGGAAAAAUUUUAUACAAGCUAUUCUAACAUCUCUCAUUGAAAAAUCUACUGAUGCCAAAAUUCUUCGUGCAGUGGUAAAAAUAGUGGAAGAGUGGGUGAAAAACAAUUCCCCAAUGGCAGCUAAUCAGACACCUACUCUCCGGGAGAAGUCCAUUUUACUAGUGAAAAUGAUGACUUACAUUGAAAAGCGUUUUCCAGAAGACCUUGAAUUAAAUGCGCAGUUCUUAGACCUUGUUAACUAUGUCUAUAGGGAUGAGAAUCUUUCUGGUAGUGAACUUACUGCUAAACUUGAGCCAGCGUUUCUCUCAGGUUUGCGUUGUGCCCAGCCACUCAUACGAGCCAAAUUUUUUGAGGUCUUUGACAAUUCUAUGAAACGUCGUGUUUAUGAGCGUCUACUUUAUGUGACCUGUUCUCAAAACUGGGAAGCAAUGGGAAAUCACUUUUGGAUAAAACAGUGCAUUGAGCUCCUAUUGGCAGUGUGUGAGAGAAAUACUACAAUUGGGACAAGCUGUCAGGGUGCUAUGCUGCCCUCUAUCACCAAUGUUAUCAACCUUGCUGACAGUCACGAUAGAGCGGCAUUUGCUAUGGUAACCCACGUUAAACAAGAGCCUCGUGAAAGGGAAAACAGUGAAUCCAAAGAAGAGGAUGUUGAAAUAGACAUUGAGUUGGCUCCGGGAGAUCAGACCAGUACACCUAAAACUAAGGAACUUUCUGAGAAGGACAUUGGCAAUCAGCUGCACAUGUUGACCAACCGGCAUGAUAAAUUUCUUGACUCUCUUCGAGAAGUGAAGACUGGAGCAUUGCUGAGUGCCUUUGUUCAAUUAUGUCAUAUUUCUACACCAUUAGGAGAGAAGACUUGGAUACAGCUUUUUUCACGACUUUGGAAAAUCUUGUCUGACAGACAACAACAUGCUCUAGCAGGUGAAAUAAGCCCUUUCUUGUGCAGCGGUAGCCAUCAAGUACAGCGAGAUUGCCAGCCGAGUGCACUGAAUUGCUUUGUGGAAGCAAUGUCACAGUGUGUUCCUCCCAUUCCCAUCAGACCUUGUGUCCUGAAAUACUUGGGUAAAACUCACAAUCUCUGGUUUCGUUCUACACUGAUGCUGGAACAUCAAGCAUUUGAAAAAGGACUGAGUCUACAAAUUAAGCCUAAACAGACAACAGAAUUUUAUGAGCAGGAAAGCAUAACUCCUCCUCAACAGGAAAUACUGGAUUCCCUUGCUGAGCUCUACUCUUUGUUACAAGAAGAGGAUAUGUGGGCUGGACUAUGGCAGAAACGCUGUAAAUUCCCGGAGACAGCAACAGCUAUUGCCUAUGAACAGCAUGGCUUUUUUGAACAGGCACAAGAAACUUAUGAAAAAGCAAUGGAAAAGGCUAAAAAAGAGCACGAACGGAACAAUGCUUCCCCUUCGAUCUUUCCUGAGUAUCAGCUCUGGGAAGACCAUUGGAUUCGUUGCUCAAAAGAAUUGAACCAGUGGGAACCUUUGACAGAAUAUGGCCAGUCAAAAGGUCAUAUAAAUCCUUACCUAGUACUGGAAUGUGCAUGGAGAGUGUCAAACUGGACAGCUAUGAAGGAGGCUCUGGUACAGGUGGAGUUGAGUUGUCCAAAAGAGAUGGCAUGGAAAGUGAAUAUGUACAGAGGAUACUUAGCAAUCUGCCAUCCGGAAGAGCAACAGCUUAAUUUCAUUGAGCGCCUGGUGGAGAUGGCGAGUAGUUUAGCUAUUCGAGAAUGGCGAAGGCUUCCUCAUGUAGUCUCGCAUGUUCAUACUCCCCUUCUCCAGGCAGCACAACAAAUAAUUGAACUUCAAGAAGCAGCUCAAAUAAAUGCAGGAUUGCAACCAACUAAUCUGGGGAGAAACAACAGCUUACAUGAUAUGAAGACAGUUGUAAAGACUUGGAGGAACAGGUUACCUAUUGUGUCAGAUGAUUUAUCCCACUGGAGCAGCAUUUUCAUGUGGAGACAACACCAUUACCAGGCCAUUGUAACUGCAUAUGAAAAUAGUUCUCAGCAUGAUCCUAGUUCCAAUAAUGCUAUGUUGGGAGUUCACGCUUCUGCAUCGGCAAUUAUCCAAUAUGGAAAGAUAGCUCGAAAACAAGGGCUGGUCAACGUAGCUCUGGAUAUACUGAGUCGCAUUCAUACAAUUCCAACUGUGCCCAUUGUGGACUGCUUUCAGAAGAUUCGCCAGCAAGUUAAAUGUUAUCUUCAGCUGGCUGGAGUCAUGGGCAAAAAUGAAUGUAUGCAGGGUCUUGAAGUUAUUGAAUCAACCAAUCUGAAAUACUUCACCAAGGAGAUGACUGCUGAGUUUUAUGCAUUAAAGGGAAUGUUCUUGGCACAGAUUAACAAGUCUGAAGAAGCAAACAAAGCUUUUUCUGCAGCUGUGCAAAUGCAUGAUGUGCUAGUAAAAGCAUGGGCAAUGUGGGGUGAUUACCUGGAGAAUAUCUUCGUGAAAGAACGUCAGCUUCAUCUGGGUGUGUCUGCUAUUACUUGCUACCUGCAUGCAUGUCGUCAUCAGAAUGAGAGCAAAUCAAGAAAAUACUUAGCAAAGGUUCUUUGGCUACUGAGUUUUGAUGAUGAUAAGAACACUUUAGCAGAUGCCGUAGACAAGUACUGUAUUGGUGUCCCACCUAUUCAGUGGUUGGCCUGGAUUCCACAGCUGUUGACAUGCCUGGUUGGCUCAGAGGGCAAACUCCUUCUGAACCUCAUUAGUCAGGUGGGAAGAGUCUAUCCCCAAGCUGUCUACUUCCCUAUCAGGACCCUCUAUUUGACCUUGAAGAUAGAACAACGAGAGCGCUACAAAAGCGAUUCUGGGCAACAACAGCCAAGUUCAGUUGGAAAUCAGUCCCACUCUGCCUCAGAUCCUGGGCCAAUCAGAGCCACUGCACCAAUGUGGCGAUGCAGCAGAAUUAUGCAUAUGCAGCGAGAAUUACAUCCAACACUUUUGUCUUCUCUGGAAGGCAUUGUAGAUCAGAUGGUCUGGUUCAGAGAGAAUUGGCAUGAAGAGGUUCUUAGACAACUGCAGCAGGGCUUGGCGAAGUGCUAUUCAGUUGCCUUUGAGAAAAGUGGAGCUGUUUCAGAUGCCAAAAUCACUCCUCAUACACUAAAUUUUGUCAAGAAGUUAGUCAGCACUUUUGGAGUAGGUCUUGAGAAUGUCUCUAAUGUAUCCACCAUGUUUUCUAGUGCAGCCUCAGAGUCACUAGCUAGGAGAGCACAGGCAACAGCUCAAGAUCCCGUGUUCCAGAAGUUAAAAGGGCAAUUUACAACAGACUUUGACUUCAGUGUGCCAGGGUCAAUGAAACUUCACAAUCUUAUCUCUAAACUGAAGAAAUGGAUCAAAAUUCUGGAGGCAAAAACUAAACAGCUUCCAAAGUUCUUCCUCAUAGAGGAAAAGUGCCGCUUUCUAAGUAAUUUUUCAGCUCAGACUGCAGAAGUAGAGAUACCUGGAGAAUUCCUUAUGCCAAAGCCAACACAUUACUACAUCAAGAUAGCAAGGUUUAUGCCCAGAGUGGAGAUAGUUCAGAAACACAAUACUGCAGCUAGAAGACUCUAUAUCCGAGGCCAUAAUGGAAAGAUUUACCCAUAUCUAGUAAUGAAUGAUGCUUGCUUGACAGAGUCUCGUAGAGAAGAGCGGGUGUUACAACUUCUUCGCCUUUUGAACCCCUGCUUAGAGAAAAGGAAGGAAACCACAAAAAGACAUUUGUUUUUUACAGUCCCCCGUGUUGUAGCAGUUUCUCCACAGAUGCGUUUGGUUGAAGACAAUCCCUCUUCCAAUAAGCAACGCUGUGCCAAGAAAGGCAUUGAGCAUGACAACCCUAUUUCUCGUUACUAUGACAGACUGGCAACGGUCCAAGCACGGGGGACUCAAGCUAGCCAUCAGGUUCUUAGAGAUAUACUUAAAGAAGUACAGAGUAACAUGGUGCCACGCAGUAUGCUUAAGGAGUGGGCUUUACAUACAUUCCCCAAUGCUACGGAUUACUGGACUUUUCGAAAGAUGUUCACUAUUCAGUUAGCCCUAAUUGGCUUUGCAGAAUUCAUCUUUCAUUUAAAUAGACUCAACCCUGAAAUGCUGCAGAUUGCCCAGGAUACUGGCAAGCUGAAUGUAGCUUACUUUCGCUUUGACAUUAAUGAUGCUACUGGAGAUUUGGAUGCCAAUCGUCCAGUUCCAUUCCGGCUUACACCAAACAUUUCUGAGUUUCUUACCACCAUUGGGGUGUCUGGUCCGCUGACUGCCUCUAUGAUUGCAGUAGCUCGCUGCUUUGCACAGCCCAACUUUAAGGUUGAUGGCAUCCUAAAAACUGUGCUACGGGAUGAAAUAAUUGCAUGGCACAAAAAAACACAAGAGGAUACUUCCUCUCCACUCUCAGCAGCUGGGCAACCCGAAAAUAUGGACAGCCAGCAGCUGGUUUCACUAGUUCAAAAAGCUGUUACUGCUAUCAUGACUCGACUUCAUAAUCUUGCUCAGUUUGAAGGAGGAGAAAGCAAAGUCAACACUCUGGUAGCAGCUGCAAAUAGCUUGGAUAAUCUCUGUCGUAUGGAUCCUGCCUGGCACCCCUGGCUGUAACUUGAAAUUUUCAAUAGCUUUUUUUGCUGCUCUUUGUGGUGUGAGCCUUAUACUGUGUUAAGAAAAUGUGAAAAAAGCUUUCCAGCCCAUGGCUUACCUGUCAAACUGCAUUUUGUCAGUCUUCAUUUUAAUUGUAUCUACAGUAAUACAACAAUUUUACUGUUUUUAAUUUCAUGAGGGGACAUUUCCUUCUGUUUAAGAAAGGUUGUUUAAUAUGCAACAACAGCUUUCACCAAUAGCUUAAUAUGAAGAGAGCAAACUUAAAUAAUGU